CAGGCGGAACAUCUGUGAAAGGCGUGCAUUUGAAACAGUGAGCAGUGGUGAGGAGCUUUGGGGUUAAAGGUUUUAAGUCCUUAAGUAGGUGGUGCUUUUGUAAUAAAAUGGCACGGGUUUUGGUUGGUGUGAAGCGCGUUAUAGAUUAUGCUGUUAAGAUUCGUGUAAAACCAGAUAAAACAGGCGUUGUUACAGAUGGAGUCAAACACUCCAUGAAUCCAUUUGAUGAAAUCGCCGUGGAGGAGGCGGUUCGAAUGAAAGAAAAAAAAUUAGCCUCAGAAAUAGUUGCUGUUUCUUGUGGACCAGCCCAAGCGCAAGAAACCUUGAGAACAGCUCUUGCGAUGGGAGUGGACCGUGGUAUCCACGUUGAAAUCUCAGGUCCUGAAUAUGAGACUCUGCAACCCAUUCAUGUGUCCCAGAUUCUUGCCAAAAUUGCAAAAGAUGAGAAAGCUGAUCUAGUUAUUGUUGGCAAACAGGCAAUUGAUGACGACUCAAACCAGACAGCACAAAUGACGGCAGCCUUCUUGGACUGGCCACAGGGAACCUUCAUAUCCAAGAUUGAAAAGACAAAUGGUGAAUUAAAACUGACCAGAGAAAUUGAUGGUGGUCUUGAAAUGAUCAAAAUAAAGAUGCCAGCUGUCCUCAGUGCUGAUUUGAGGUUAAAUGAACCUAGAUACGCAACACUGCCAAACAUUAUGAAAGCAAAAAAGAAACCUAUUAAGAAAUUAUCACCAAAGGAUCUUGGUGUUGAUACUGCAGCACGAAUUGAGGUUGUGAGUGUGGAAGACCCACCAGUUAGACAGGCAGGUUCCAUCCUAGCUGAUGUUGAUGAAUUGGUCACAAAACUUAAGGAGGGAGGACAUGUAUAACCUGUUUCAUUAUUAUUAUUAUUAUUAUUAUUAUUAUUAUUAUGUAAAUGAACCUGCAAUGCAAAUGUGGCAGUACUGUAGCAAUUACUGCAUUCUGCACAUUGUCAUUCUUUGUGUUUACAUUUUUGUUGAAAAUGCUUUUACAAUUAAAAUAUAGAAAAACAUGUUCAGUAAAGCUCAAUUUGGGGACAUUCUGUCCUUAAAAAAAAGAUGGAACAUAUAAAAUCAGUAAGAAUUAAUAACAAUUUCAUCAAAUAGAGAAGUUGAUUUAGUCCUGCAGUUAAUGUGGUCUAAAUCAAAAGUUCUUUUUCUUUAGUUUUUCACGUAUUAUCUGUUAUAUGGAGACACCAUAAAUUCAGCAUUUGUAGAAUGUUUGUCAUUGUACAAAAAUGUUUUGUGUAUAUAUUUUCUCCUACUUCUGUUCUGGUGUCAAAAAUUUCAUUUUGCUAUGAGUUGUGUAUUCAUAAGCACAGUGUAAAAGUAUCGUGUUUGCAUCUUAUCACUGUCCCUGUCAUCUGUUCUCUAGAAAUGUCCAAUUUUCUUAACUGACAUAAGUUAACUGAAAUAAGAGGUUAGUUUUUGGUUUGACAUUUUUUGCAGGUAUUUCAUUGGAUAUUAUGUCAACCUACAUGGCUUGUGGCAGAUACUGUUUAAAAUUUCCUUGCUCUGUAACACUCGGCUUAAUUUCUUGAAUUGAAAAAUGCUUGCAAAAUCCACAUUUUGUCCCUGUAGUAUAGUUUAACAUUGCUGUUCAUACUGCAUUCUAAAGUCAUGACUGAAAGUCUUUGUAAUCAGUUUUCUGUGUCUGCUAUACAUCAAUAAUUGUUCCUCAUUAUUGUAUUUUAUGUUGGAUUUGUCUUAUUGAGGGCCAGCUGAUUUAAAGGUUAGUCAUUAUUAUUGGACCAUAAGUUCAAAUGGUUUCUUAGUCACUGUCAGCAUAGCUGACAGCCUCAACGUGCCAGUACACCUUUCAUACCUACUGAGCAAUCUGGCAAAAGGAAGGGUCUGGCUGCCCGGCAAAGUUUCAUAACCGCAUAAACUUCACUGAAAUGGUAGGUUCAUACUGGAAGCAAUUCAGAGACCGGAGCACACUCAGGAAGCUAUGCAGAAGCAUAUUUUUUUUUAAAAGUAAAUGUGUAGCAUUAAUAUUAUAACAUGUUUAGUUCAAUAUGUAAUUAAAGCUUUACACAUGUAUUUCUUACUGUUUUCUUAAUGUCUGAAGUUCCUGAACUAGUCAACACUGUUCACAACUAAGGUGUGGGUUAUACGUUCAGGUUCUGUGGUGCUCAAGUAUAUACACAAAUGUAUGUUUAUAAUAUGGAAUCAAUGGGAUUUAUCAUGUUUAUAAAUUUUAUACCAGUGUACUAUUUUUGUUAAAUAAAAGAUCUGUAGGUGAUA